AAGCACUGGCGUGGCACGUGCGCCACCGCGAACUAGAACCUUCCUUCGCUGGAACCGGUUCCCGGUUCGUUCUCCCUUUCCAUCCAUCUCUCUCUUCUUCGCGAUCGAUAGCUGAAGCUUCCAUAGGAGUUAGAGUAGAAUAGAAAGGACGAAGAAAAGUGGGGAGGGGAUGGGACAGGCCCUGCGGCGAGUUACGGGGAGGGUGCGGCCGUCCCGGCCCGACCACCCGGCAAGGCCGCCAGUCAAGAACCCCGAGCGGCCGCCGCCGUCACCUUCGCGGCCCGACCACCCGGCAAGGCCGCCGGUCAAGAACCCCGAGCGGCCGCCGCCGCCGCCGCCGUCCGCGGCCCAGGUGAAGCCGCCGGAUUCCCCAACGGUGGGGCAGGAUCGACUCGGCAUCUCCGAUGCAGAGGUUACUUCAAAGGAUAAAGAUUACCAAGGUGUCCUGGAAGAACGAGAUCCAACAUACGAUGAAAUGCUCAAGCAGAUGGUUGGGAGAAUCACGUCAAGGCCUGGAGGGAAACUAGAAAUGGGUGAGGCUUUUGUAGUAGAAAGAUACAACAGACCAAUGCCAAAGCUUCGGAGUUCAAAAGCAGAAGCUGGGGGAAGUGUGCAAAAACCACUGCCUCCGGGAACUCUAACUAUUGAGCAAGUGCGCCAAAUCAUCCUUCUUCACCAAGGUAAGUCCGAUGAGCACCAAGGGCCCAUGGACAUUAAUGACAUUGCCAGCAAGUUCAGAGUUGAUGGUACUCAUGUUCAGAGAAUAGUGCAGUUCAUGUCAUUGCCCCCAGAAGAUGGUAACGGAAAAUCUGAACAGUGACUGCAGGUAGAAUGGCUAAUUGUUUCUCAUACAAUCACAUGCUUUGACUUAUAAUAAGUCGGUCAGUCUGUGAUGGAUGCUUUUGUAUCCUUGAAAUAUUGAAGAGUUCCAAGGAGCUGAUUUUAUCUGCUCUUGUUUCUCCGCGAUCUUCCAAUCUUUUUAUAGAUGGGAGUGCUGCUAGUUAAUUUUCACCGGCCCUGUAUCAUGCGAGUAAUUGGUAUUCAUAAUUCAGAUAUGAAUGGAAGAUGGACUGACAGUGAUGAGUCUGAUAUCCUUUCUCAAUAAAUAUUCUUUUAUCUUUUUUUCCCUUC